CUAGAAAUUUUGACAGUUCAAUGUUUAAUUUCUUUUGUUUUGUAAUUAUAAUAAUUUGUUUAUCUGCCUAUUUUUAGGCUUAAUAAUUAAUUCGCUAAAUAUUGGUCGAACAUAAAUUACCAUUGUUUUUUAAGCAAAAAUGCUAGAUGGGUGGUACUGUAGAUCCAUUGCAAAUGAAGCAGCACAGGCUGAGGAAGAGGAACAAGCUCUUGAAGAAUCGAAAUUCAAGAAGGAAUACAAAUUUUUGAAGAGGAAAUUUCAGAACCUCAUUUAUGAAAAUGAGGCGUUUCAGCAAGCCCUUCGCACUGCCCAAAAAAAAUUAUUACAAGUGACAAGAGACAGAUCGUUUCUACUGGAUCGGUUAUUGUUACAUGAGAAAAUUGAUCAUUCAACUUCCGAGUCGGAUGAAACUGAGUCUUCAGAAGAUGAACAGCCAGCAGUAAAAGUUGAACCGCCAAAAAGGAGAAAAGUGUCAGACGGUUCGUCCCACAAUAAUUCAUCACAGCAUGUUAGUGCUGGGAAGUCGGUAUCAUCAGCGAAAAGGAGGAGACCUGCCAAUUCCCGCUCUUCAAAUAAACAAGUUCAUCAAUCGAUGAAACUGCACGUCCCUACAACCAAUGUUCUCUCGGAUGGCCACAUGACACCUGAAGAAGUAGAAAGGCACUUGCAAUCUCAGAGUUUCUUGGAUUUAGUACCAGAAAGGGCGCCUCCAACUGUUCCUACAGAAAUGUUCAGCAACGAGCCCUCAUUAGAUAGUGAGUCAAAUGACAUGAUAGGAGAACUGGAAACAUCUCCAAGUAAUAUGGAGGAGGAAAUCAGUAUUGACAUGCUACCAGAAUAGUACAUUUAGAUAAAAUAUGUUGGAGUGAAUGUUAGUGUGAUUAUGUGCUAAAUAAAACUACUUGUUAAGAUUUUGA